ACACAUGGUAUCGAGGAAACAAGCCCGUAAAGAAGAGCCAUCUUCCUCCGGGCUGUAAUGGUUGUUCGGACACGGCUUUGUUCGCGUAGCAGAGGCGGCUUUUCCUUCUCUCUUUCCCGGGGUCGCACAGGGAGAGCCAGCGGGCUGUAUCAGUGUAGCCGACUUGCUAGCUAACGUCAAGUUGUAAGAAAGUGGAGAAGACGGUGGCUAAACGGAGGUUUAUCCGCCUACACAGACCUAUGCGACGGAUAGCAGGUGAGUGAUGGAGACGAGAGAGUUGACCGUGGUAGCUGGCAGCUUCGUGGGUUUCCAGCUACUCUUCUCAGUGGCCAGCCCGCGGCUCUCCUACGCCCUCACACCAGGUUAUGGACGGCUGCCUCCCACCAAACUGACCGAGUGGAACUCCAGGUUGGUGUCGACUGUGCACGCUCUGAUUGUGGGUUUGUUCUGUCUGUACAUCCUGUGGUUCGAUGACGCGGUCAACGCCAACCCCGUCUGGGGUGACCCAAGUCUUGUCAAACUCAAUGUAGCCAUAACCUGUGGUUACCUUCUUUACGACCUCGUGCUGCUAGCUUGUAACUGGAGCACAAUGGGGGACAGCUUUUUUGUCUGUCACCACUUGGCGGCGCUCUAUGCAUAUGGAUACGUGCUGACUCGUGGUGUGCUUCCCUACUUUGCCAACUUUCGUCUCAUUUCAGAGUUAUCCACGCCGUUUGUGAACCAAAGGUGGUUCUUUGAGGUAUUGAAAUACCCCCGCUCACACCGGAUGGUGGUGUCAAACGGUGUUGCCAUGGCGGUGGUGUUCUUCCUUGUGCGAAUUGCCGUCAUGCCAUCUUACUGGGCCAGUGUAUUCGCCACCUUCGGCACCCCAGACUUUGAGCGGCUGGGUUUGGGCGCCCAGGUGGCCUGGAUCACCUCCUGCAUCGCCCUGGAUAUCUUGAACACUGUCUGGAUGUACAAGAUCGCCCGUGGCUGCUACAAAGUCCUGACAGGGAGAGGAGGAAGGAAAGUUAAGGAAGGAGCAGAGGCAUCGUCUUCCUCAGACAGGAAGUAUGUCAACAACCACACAGACUAAAGAGAUGUAGAGUCAAGGAUGUGUAGACACAGACAUAAGCAGGGAGAGAGGCUGGACACCCAGGAACCUCACAGCCUCUCCCUUUGGCUAUAGCCUCAGCGUCCUUCCCACCCCCGCCCUUGAAUCCCCAGAGUUAGCCCUUUAUCUCAUUGUAGUCGGCUAGUGGACCGGGCUAAGAGUCCUCAGGUGACCCCGACACAGGACGAGGAGACUUGUCUCACUCAAGCACCAGCCUUUGCAGCCUCAGUGUUUUCGCUGACAGAUUAGUAUCCUGCUGGGUGACAGCUUUUGGUCGCAGACGACAAGAUAGAGCUCACAAGCACACUUUUAACUCCGUCUGUCACUCGCCUCUUUCAUCACUACCAUCAUCCCUCUCAUCUCCCCUCACGCUCAACUUCAGCCAAAGCCCAAUCCUCUGAAGUGCCUGUGAAAGACAGGAAAGCAAUAAUAUUGGAGGAAUAAGAUCACAAAGUUUAACAAAGCUUCGCCCCUUCACACGACAACCAUCUCAACGACUGGAGGCCUCUUCUGUUGUUCAUACUCCGUCCAUACUCGAAGAGACGAGGCCUGCAGAGUGAAGAGCUCUCCCAUCAGACCCAUACAGUGAUUGUGAAUCUAUAGGGCUCUUGUCUUACUACUCAUCAGACCUCUCAAAAAGAGACAG